AUGAGUGAAGAGGGAUUCUUGAUGAAUUUACCUUCAAAUAUUAUUCUAGACAUUCUCUCAAGACUUCCAGCCCGAACUAUCUUAAACUGCAAGCUUGUUCGCAAGAAAUGGCUUAGCCUAAUCUCAACAACUGAGUUUGUUAAUUUGCAUCUUUCCAGAUCGAGUCAGGGCCUUGUUGUCUUCCAGCACGAACUUGGCAGAUAUGAAGUUUGUCGAAUUUUCGAAUUUGAAGAUGAUCCUGACCAUAAUGAUCUUCACUAUGAUCCAGUGAUCAAAUUUGAGCUGUCAACAUCGCUUGGCAUCAGCCGUGGCGCGACAGUGCAAGUUGGUUCCAUCAAUGGUUUGGUUUGCUUGCGCAGUUUUGACCGUGAAUACGAUGCUCUAUACAUAUGCAAUCCCAUUACACGGGAGUACGUUACCAUGCCGGUGCUCAACUGGCUCUUUGGAUUUCCCAGCCAAGUCUUGUACGGGUUUGGAUUGAGCAGAAUAAGUGGCCAAUACAAGGUUGUAAGAAUCUUCCACGAGUGUGUCCUUGAUCCCACAACAGGGGCAUUGUUAAGCAUUCCAAAGUCUGAGUGUCACGUUUACACCCUUGGAACAGGUUCAUGGAGAGGCAUUGGCGGUGUCCCAUUUGCAUAUAAUUGUCGAUCUUUUGGUCAAUUUUUCAACGGAAAUCUUCAUUGGGUGAUUCAAGAUUUAGAGGGCUCUGAGUUGAUUUCUUGUUUCGACGUGGAAAAAGAGACAUUUCAGCCAUUCCCCUUUCCCUUUCCUGGUGAGCGACCUAGCAGAACUCUACACAGUCUUGGUGUUGUCACAGGUUGUCUAUGCUUAUGCGACAAUACUUCAGAUUCUGAAAUUGUGAUAUGGGUUAUGAAGGAAUAUGGAGUGCAGAAUUCAUGGACCAAACAAUUUGUCAUUAGUAAAAUGCCAGGUUUUGCAGGGAUUUCAUAUGAACUGGUUUAUGCUUUAAAAGUUUUCGAAAAUGGGGAUAUAUUGAUGUCUUGGGAGGACUUCUACUUGUUUUUCUACAGGAAUCAGAACAAAACUUUGCAAAAAGUCGAAGUUGAUCGUAAUUUUUCCAUUCAGACAAUGCUUCAUGUCCCAAGUUUUGUUUCACUCAAGAAUUUUGUAGUAAAAGAGGAUGUAAGGAUGUUCUGA